AUGGAGCAACAACCGUUGAACACGAGCGAAGUGAAACCACUAGCGCCACCGCAACCACUUCACACGACCGAAUUGAAACCAUUGGCGGCACCGCAACCACUUCACACGACCGAAUUGAAACCAUUGGCGGCACCGCAACCACUUCACACGACCGAUCUAGACGACGAAGAUGAGAACGUCAAACAGCUCGAUGAAUGUUCUUCUCUCUAUCUCUUGAUGCAGGAUUGCGUUGUUCGUUCUAACCGGAAUUGGAAAGAAUGCCAGAAAGAAAUACAAGCUUUGAGGGAAUGCUCUGAGAACAGAAGGAAAAAUAAACCAGAAGUGAGAGUUUAUAAGCGAUGA